CGUCCACGUCAAACGUCAAUGUCAAAAUUUGUCAAGCAAGCCGAGAGUGGAAGCCGAAAAAUUACCAUUUACUAUAAAUUAUAAAUAUUUUCAGUUAAAUAACGUUUCAAAUAGAAAUUACAAGAUGACGGAAUCAACAGAGCCUGUAAAGAUAAACAAAUGGGACGGUGCUGCAGCCAAAAAUGCCAUUGAUGAUGCUAUCAGAGAGGUGCUGACUGGGGACCUCAAGUGCAAGGAGAGCUUUGCCCUGAUAGACGGCAGACUGUUCCUGUGUGCACUAGCUGUUGGCGUGGCGCUCUAUGCUCUGCUGUGGGACUAUCUCUACCCAUUCCCACAGUCCAGACUGGUGCUGAUAAUCUGCGUGUCUUCAUACUUCGUGCUGAUGGGCAUCCUGACACUGUACACCACAUUCAAAGAGAAGGGCAUCUUCGUCGUCGCCAAAGAGAAAGUUGGCAACGUCACUCGCGUCUGGGAAGCCAGCUCUUAUGUUAAGAAACACGACGACAAAUAUAACUUGGUACUUGUGCUCCGCGAGCCGUCCGGCAAGACUCGCGAGGCGUCUAUCAACAAGACAUUCGCAAAUUACAUCGACAGCAACGGCACAAUCGUCCAGAACCUCGUGGCCAGCGAAGUCACCAAGCUGUAUAACUCUCUGUCCUCAGAGAAGAAGGAAAAGUGAAUCUUUCUCAAAUCUACAUGGAGGUUAAAAAGGCCACGUCGAAGCAUUUCGCCUAAAACAGCAAUAUUACUACUUGACAUUUGUUGUUAUUGCGCACUUCCUUAACAUAAGCACACGACUAUAUCCCAAUUGGGGUAGUCAGAGGUACAUCCAUCGUAAGAUAAACUAAGCACCCAUACCUCAAGCUUUCCGUUAAACCAACGAGAUAGGGUAGCUGCAUCUCCGUCUAUAAUGGUCGAGCCAAAUGUGUUAGUGAAAACUGCAAUUUUAUUUGUGCAAGUAUCAAAUUGCAAUAUUGCUUUUUAGAUGAAUUGCUUUAUUGUGGCCUUAGUAGACCCCCAUGUUGACAAGGAUCUGGUAGCACAUGACAUUGACAAGACAAAUCAAGGUCAGCGAAGUUAUAAACGAUUUCGAAAAUUGUCAGUGAUAAAAGUGUAUAUUAUGUUUAUCUCAUUACCGGGUGAGAGCCUUCACCGGGUGAGAGCCUUCAGCGCUCCCCAUUUGUCCGGCCAAGUAGUAAAUGCCAUCUGCGGCAAAUCUACAAUAAGUCACGUCAAAAAAAAUAUGUUUAUCUCUGUCAAUAUAGAUUUUCGUAAUCGUUUGUAACUUGGCUGACCCCUGUUAUGCACGGUCUCCAACAAAAGUAACGUUUUCAGAUGAUGAAGCGUUAAGUUCUGAUUAUGACCACAUGAGCUAUGAUCCUUGUCACUAUAGCUAUAAGUCUGAUAUAAUGUUCUCGUAAUAAAUUUUAUGGAACAGA